UGAUCAGUCAAAAUGGCAGCUAAGUUCUUGAAACUUCAAAAUUGGACUUCUCUCAAUUUCUGUAUAAAAUCAUACUCUUUGGCACCAAAGAACAUGUCAACAUAUGCCCCUAAAGGAUGUAUGGCUGCUCCCUUUACUCCAUUUACUAAAGACGGCAAGGAUGUUGAUUACAGCAAAUUUAAAUCAUAUGCUGAUCAUCUUCAAAAAUUGAAAAUCCCGCAUUUAUUUGUAAAUGGCACAACUGGUGAGGGGUUGUCAAUGACAAUGGAGGAGAGAAUAAAAACUGCGGAACUUUGGAUGCAGCAAAAAGACAAGUUUGAAUCCAUAUUGUUGCACAUCGGAACUGGUAACCUAAAAGACAGUAUUCAACUAGCCAGCCAUGCAGAAAGUAUUGGAGUAGAUGGCAUAGCAUGUAUAGCGCCAUCUUUCUUUAGAGCCAAUAAUGAAGAGAGUGUAGUGAGCUAUAUGAAAGAAGUGGCAGAUGCUGCUCCCAAUACUCCAUUCUAUCUCUACGACUUCAAUAUAAUGACAAACGUCUACAUAAGUGUCUCAAGAUUCUUUGAUCUUGCUAAAGAUGAAAUAAAGACACUACGCGGAGUAAAACAUUCAUCUCCGCAACUUCCCAGUCUGUUCACAGGGAUGAGGGAACACCGUGGUUACCAGUUCAUGAUGGGGACUGAUGAUCAAUAUUUAGCAGCACUAUCUCUAGGAUCAGAAGCGAUUGUUACAAGUGCUUUCAUGGCCCCAUAUUUCAACAAAAUUAUUGAAGCCUUUAAUUCUGGUGACCUUGAGGCAGCUAGAAAUGCCCAAGAGGCAUGCCAGAAAGUUGUAAACGUUAGAAGUAAAUAUGGAACUGGUCCUCAAAGCUUUGCUGUUGGUAAGAGCAUGAUGCCAAUGCUUGACCUUGACCUUGGGCCUGUACGUCUGCCAUUGGUGUCCUUGACCUCUGACCUUGCAGAAAAAUUGCAGAGUGAGCUGAAGGCUGUUAAUUUUUUUGAUUGGGUAAAAGUAUGAAAUUGAUCAUACAAUGAUGCUCUAUUCAGUAAGGCAAUAUAUAACUUACAAGCACAGGUACUGUAGUAAUCAAACAGCACCUUCUUGCAAAACUGCAUGAUCCGGGUAAAAAAUCGCACACUCACAGA